AUGGAAAGCUCCAAACCCGCCGCUACCCCUUCCCAGGACGCGGCGGCACCGUCAGAAGGAUCUCAGCCGCGACAGAUUGACGACUUGAGCCUCCAGUGGGAUCAGACUUAUCUGCGUCUAAACUACAUUCUCGGCAACCUGGGCGGUCCCGUAGCCGCCGCGGGUGCCGACAACAACAACUCGUCUUCUUCCUCGGCGUCCGCACGAACAGGCGCAGAAGGAUGCGCAGAAGCAGCGGGAGCGCCAUCGUCAGCAACGCCGGGGCGCAGAAACAGCGUCGGCAACCGCGCGGGCGACAAGGCGAACAGCUCGGCCGUCCCAAACUUCCCAGGCCUGUCCAGGCCGGACGCCGCCCGCAAGGUCUCGCAGAUAGCCACCUGGUGCGACGAGGUGGUCUCUCAGGCCGGCGCCGGUGUCUGCAGCUGCUCACUUGGUUCCUCGGCGGCCAUCUCCGCCGCAGACGACACGCAGUCUUGCUCCCUCACCAAAGGCCUUCUCCCUGCUGCGUUUGUAGCCGGAAGCCUGGCCAGCCCAGCCGUCAGGUCCAGGCGCAAGCCUUCCUUCGUCGCCACGGCUGCCGCAGCACCGGCCGGCAGGGGCGAAGAUGGCGGCGGGCCUAGAAGUAGCAGCAGCAGCGGCAGCAGCAGCAGCAGCAGUAGCGGCGACGACGUUGACAGCCCUGGCGACGCCGACGUCUGCGCGCUGUGUUGUCGGCAUGGGGACGUGAGGGACCUCGUCGCCGAGAGUUGGCCGGGCGACGGCGGCGCCGCGAGGAAGGCGUUCAGGAGGGUGCAGCUAAGUCUGUUGCGGAUCGGGCGCAGGAGGCCGCAGCUGCUGCGCCGGAGCGAGGAGCCCUUCCCUCCCGACGCCGACCCCAAACCAAGCCAUAGUUACAUCCAAUCACAGAAUUACAGCGCGGCGACAGCAACGCCGCCGGCAGACUCGAAACCAGCCGCCGCCGUCGCCACCACAUCAAUGUACCACUACCGGACCGAUCCAGACGACCAAGACGACCAGGAUCUCAGCUCGGACGACAGCACCAGCACCACCGGGAGCAACAACAACGGCACGCAAAGGCAAAAGUUUAAACCCACCGGCAGCGGAGGCGCCAGCAGGACGCUGGCGGCCAGGGAGCAGAUGGAACGUAACCAGCGCGCCAAGGACGCGAGGCUGCGGCGGGCACAGAAGCUGCUGGAGAAGAGCCUCGUCGUGACGCCAAAGACGACGGGCGUACAAUCCUGA